UUCUAAACCUGGCUAUCCCAAUUUGUAAUUUUAUUUAUUUUUAUUUUAUAUAUAUAUUUUUUCUGGAGCCACUGCUGCAAGCAAGAUUUGAGUGCCAAGAGUGUGAAGAGGAAAAAGAAGAGGUGGUUGAUGUCUUCCUUGGAAAAAGAAUUCUAAGAAAAAGACAGUGGUGGUGGCCGGUGGGGGCGAUGAGCGGUUGGAAGGUUUUUGUGUGAGAGAGAGUGUGUGUGUGUUUGAGGAUGAGCAAUGGGAGUGAAGAAUUGAGGUUGCGGUGUGGUGGUGGAGCAGGGAUUGGACUGGUUGGGAGACCAUUUGCUAGGGUUUUUUCGAAGUGGAAUCUGGAGGAGAUGGUGAGAGUUUGAAUUCAAGGUUGGAGUUUCAUAAUUCUGAGGGAAAUCAGUGGGCGAAUAUGAUAACCGGCGGGGUUAAUUUGGUGAUGACAGUGAUUGGAUUCGCGGUGAGUACGAUGUUCAUCGUUUUCGUCUGCACGCGCCUCGUUUGCGCCCGAAUCCAGUUGAACGCGUCGCGGAGAUCGUUUCCUGUUGCUUCCAGAUCUGAUCUUAGUAUUUUGGAGCGAGGUUUGCAUGGCCUUGAGCCUGCUGUUGUAGCCAACUUUCCAACAAAGAAGUUUGCUGAUGAGUUUUUCUCCCCUGCAGAGGAUGCUCAGUGCACAGUUUGCCUAGUAGAAUACCAAGCUGAAGAUAUAUUGCGUAUUCUCCCUUACUGCGGCCACUUCUUCCAUGUUACAUGCAUAGACAUAUGGCUGCAGCAGCAUUCCACAUGUCCUGUGUGUCGAAUUUCAUUGUGGGAGUUUCCUGAGAGAAAAUGCUUGAUGCAACCCAUGUUCAGUUCAGCUGUUCGAUCACAUUUUGGCAUGGAAUCCCGCAACACACAUUCAUACAACUGUUUGUCAACUGGCCGUGGGUUUUCAUCGAGAUCUAACGACAACCACAGGAUGGACCCCAUUCAAGAGGAUCAGUUUGGGCCAGGAGGUGACGGAGCUGAAGCUCAGGAGAGCACCCUCCCCUUGACCGAUGGUAAUCAGCCUGCAAAGGACUCUGAAAAUAAGCACAUAGAAAGCCCAUCAAAUCCAUGAAAUCCUUCGUUUCUUGGAAUCCUGGCUGCAUUCAUCGUGCUUUCUGAUAGAAUCAAAUUGGAAUUGAAAUUUAUUAAAACCAUCUCCUUGGAAUGCUCUUUUUUUUUUUUUUAAUUUAUUUUUGUGACUCACUGUAUAUAUACGCAAAAAGUUAUUCCCAGUUUUCCCCUUAGACAGUAGCUUAUUGGUGGGCAUUUUUGUUAGUUCAGUUGUAAAAUUGAAUUCCUUAAAGCUUGCUGGAGUCUCCAUGGAGGCAUGUCCCAUGCAGCAUUUCCACAUCCGUUCGGGUCCAUCCCAGAGCGAGUAUUCAUUGUGAGUUAUUAUCUAAUAAUAUGCAAAUGUACGCCUCCGGAUUCCUUACUA